GGCACCGUGAAGAAAAGAAAAAGGCGGGACGCGAGCCGCCGGUCUGUCUCCCGAGGUCGCCUUCUUCUAGCGGAGCAUGGCGCAGCAGCAGCAGGCUGACGCGCCGCCACUUGGUUUCUUCGAGCGGAUAUCCACCUGUGACGUGUCCUUAAGGAAGCGGCAGCAGCGCGACAACGCCGCCAUGGCCUCCUCCGACCCUGCGCUGCCGCCUCCGCUUCUUUUGCUGCCACCACCGGUGCCGGAGCAGGCGCUCGUCCCACCGCCGGCCAGAGCCAACCCGAGGCCCACAGUGUUGGACGGCGUCCUGAGUCUGCUCAGGUCCGGGGAGUCGUUCAUUCGCGGAGCCUUCCGGGGCAACUCCCGACGUGCGUCUCCUCCAUGGCCGCCGACGUCUCAGCAGCAGCAACAGCAGCCGCCGCCGCAGCAGCACCACCGCAACCACCCUGGUGAAAUCAUGAAGCGGCUGCAGCGCGAGACGUUCCCUGAUGUGAUGAGGCUCAUGGACAAGCACGAGCAGAUCGACCGCAUCCUUUCCAUGUACAGGAGCGGCAAGGGGUUCCACUUCCCGGAGCUCCCCGUCCGGGUGAAGGUCGCGCUUGACGCGGUCGGGGCGCUGCUCCUCGUCAACGACGAGGAGUUCGACCACGCCAGGGAGAUCCUCGGCAAGGCGGGGAACAGGACGGGCCUCAACUCCAGGUUCGUCCUCGAGUCCAAGACCAGGGGAAACGACACCAUUGCAGCAGAGUUCUGCACCAAGCUCGGGAUAGGGGCGACCCUCGGGGAAGAAGACACCGAGAGGAGGCCGCUGGAGCUGACCAGGCUGCAGUACUGCGCCCACGUCAACCACUGGCUGUCCAUGAUCCUAGUUCCCUUCGGAGCUCAAUGCAACGGCUUCCUGCACGGCACGAGCUUGAUCCAGGUAACGUCUCCCCUGUCCGGCCUCUGGCCAGAGAUUUUUUUUUUUCCACCGGCGUGUCUCGGCGAGUUAAUCCGAUUGAGGUUUUCUUGUCAGAAUCUCCGGAGCCAGGCCUCUCUCGACGGCCCGCCUUCGUUCUCGGAACAACACAACUGCGCCGCUGGUUUGAGUAUGAGGGGGUCCAACUUCACCGUGUUGCUCGCCGAGCUUGUCUUCGGUUCAGGAGCACAGGACGGCGAUCAUAUGGUGGCUAACCGCAUGACAACGUUUGGGCAGGUGCGCUACGAACCAGCCCAAGAUGUCAAGCUCAGCUUGUCGGGGCUAUGGCAGAUCCGCCCGUUGCUGUCCCGGUUCAACAACCUCGGGACACUUGCCAUUCCCUUUGGCAGCCUAAAACCACAAAGGGGCACUCCUCCUCCGGACAUUCUUCUUGCUCCCAUGGCGAGGAACGACCCUGCGGCACACGGACCGCAGCCCAGGCCUGUGCAGUCAAUCGCUGCUGCGAUGGUGGAGUGUGAGCUGUUUGAAGCCAUGAGAGCACAAGGCUGGGUAGAGAUGGAAGGGUGGUCCGGGCAUGGGCCGGUGCGGUGGGGCUGCUGCCUGUCCGACACCCCUGAGCAUGAGCUGGGAUGGGGAGUGAGGAUGGGCGGUGCGGCGGAGGGGGAUACGCACGGCCCGCACCUGGAAGGAUUCCUCAGCUUCAACCUCGGCAGGGGCGGCAAGCUGCAGCCUGGCCUGGUGUAUGUCAUGGAGGGGGAGAAGCGGACUCCGGCGUUGGUCCUGCGGUCGACCUGGUUCAUGUGAUGAUCACCUGCAGCUUCUUCACAAUGCAUGGUUUAUGUUCUUUCUUCUUCCCUGCAACUGCAGCUAUUCUUGUUUGACUGCUCAGCAGCUGACGGGAAAUCUUGCUAGUUCGUGGCACAGAAAUGUUUGAGCUGUGAAAUUGCUCCUAUGGAAUUGCGUAGCACAAUGGAAUUAGAAAGCUUAAUGCCAUAUAAGCCACCAAAAAAAAUUCAGAAUGGAAAGAUGUUAGUACCUGAUUUAUCUUCUAUGCACCUCUUGCAAGUUGAACAGGACAUUUAUCUUCGAUGCAUCUCUUGCAAGUUGAACA